GCUAUUUUUUCAGGAAAUAGUCAUUCCUGAUCUUUAAUACAGUAAAUCUGGAGUGUUCAUGUAGAUCAUAUGUGGUUUUACUUUGUAUUUAUUCCUGAUCUGCAAAAUGUGUAAUAGGUCCAAAAGCAGUUAUAAAGAAAAUCACAUUUAUGGUCUAAAAAUCUACAUUUUAUCCUUAAAAGAACUGUUUUAUAUCAUUAAACACUCUGGAGUAAUUUUGCAUUAUAUUUUCGACAUUAUUUCAUUUUCCACUAUUUAAUGUAAAUUAGUUUGUUGUGUGUGAAAGAAGACACCUGUGCCUACAGUAUGAUGCAAUUCCUUUAAUGCAUGUCCUUUUAAAUUAAUAUCUUUAUAUACUUAUUUAGGAAUUCAAAUGAGAUUUUCUCCAUUACCACUAUAUGCGUGACUUUACUUGCCUUUUGAGACACAUAAGGUCUGAUAUAAAUUAAAGCAUGCUUUUAUUGUGAAGGAAGAGAAUUACGGUCCUUCCUCCUGACCUUGGUGGUAAGCCAUGUAAAUGCCUGCUCAUGUUUACGUGCUUGGAGUGCACAGCACUCUUCUUGGGUAAUCCACUGUUACUAAGGUAUAGUAAAUGAACAGGUUCACAAUUUCACAACAACUUGUGCCUCCAUUUAAAACAACUGACACCAAAUAUUUGCAUUUACAAGUAUUUUUUCUCACUGCCUGACAUGAAAUCAAACUAAACUUUUCCAGUUUUGCGAAAGUUAUUUCUAUCUGCCUAAAUUCUAUCUUCUAAAUGCCAGAAUAAUCAAAUAACCUUUUUUGACAGCUUUUGUAUUACGCCUCCUAGACCAGAAGUUUACAUACAAAAAGAUUACUUUAAACGCUGAGAAAAUGAUGUCAUGGCUUUGGAGGCUUCUGAUAGGUUAAUUAACAACAUUUGAGUUAGCUGGAGGCACAGCUGUGGACAACUCCACAACAUUAAGGGAAAAAUCACAGAAUUUAUUAGGAAGAGAACUGUGGAUCUCUUUUUUUCUUAGGGUACAAUUUUUAGAUGCCCGAAGGUGCCACACCCAUCUGUUCAAACAUAUGCAAGUAUAAAAAGCAUUGGCAUGUCUAUCCAUCAUACCACUUGGGAAGAAAAGUUUCUAUUUUUGGUGCAAAAUUUGCGUAUCAACGCCAAAACAGAACCAAAAGACUAUGUGAAGAUGCUGGGCACCUCAUCAUCCACAGUGAAAUGUACUGGCAUGGACUCAAAGGCCACUUACUUAGGAAGAAGCCAUGAUUCCAAAAGCCAGAUAAAAAGACAGAUUGCAAAUCAACUCAGGGACAAAAAUGUUACUUUUUGGAGACAUGUCCUGUGGUCUGAUGAAAAAGACAGAGACUUGCAAGCCUGAGAACACCUUCCCAACUGUGAAGUGCGGGGGUGGAAGCAUCAUGUUGUGUGGGGGUGUUUUGCUGCAGGAGGAACUGGUGCACUUUACCAAAUAGAUGGGAUCAUUAGGGAAGAAUCUUUAAAGCAUCAGCAUCUUAAAUCACCCAGGAGGUUCAACCUUGAGCACCCUACAAAUCAGAGUCAGUUACACCAGUUAAGGAGGAAUUAGGGAGGAAUGGGCCAAAAUUCCAGCAAGCUAUUGUCAGAAGGAUACAUUUAACCAACUCAUACAGUGUAGAUGUGAGACUACCGCAUACCAAAUAAAUACCAGAAAAAUUUAGGCGGAUUUAAUCUCAGACGGCAAGGAAAAAAUAUAUUUUCAUACAGUGUAUAUAAAAAUCUGGUUUCAACUGUAUUAAAUCUGACUAUGUUCAUAUCCAAAUAUAUCAUAUGCAAAUAGCAAAUGAGAAGAAGUUUCACUUCAUGAGCUUAUUACAGGGAAAGUUGAGGUUCAUGGGUAGUGCAGGUGAAGCAGAUGGAAGCAGUGUUAAGGGAUUACAGUAACUCCUUUAGCAGUCUGCAGUCAGUGAGAUUAUAGUGCUCCGUCCUCCAUGAGGGGAGGAGAGCUCAGGGAGAGGAGGAGAGAGGAGAUCUGUGCAGCUCACAGCUCCUCCAUCCGGCCCUGAGUCACAUGUUCUCUACGCUGCUGCUGCAUACCUGCCUCGUCUUUCUGGACUGCACAGCCACAACUGUGGGAGAUGUUGUGGAUGCAGUUCUAAGGGAAACACACCUUAGGCAUCCCUUCAGUUUGCCAUGCUGAUUACAUGGUGGUAUUUAUACCUUGCUGCUCGGAGCGUCGCCGAACAAACACUAAGAAUGGCUUCAGUCCUGCACAAGCUAAUCACCCCACUGAUCAGCGGUCCUCCCGAGCCCCCCAGGAAUAAAGUAACAGUAGUAGGUGUGGGUCAGGUUGGCAUGGCCUGUGCUGUCAGUAUCCUGCUCAGGGAGCUGGCUGAUGAGCUGGCCCUAGUGGAUGUGGUGGAGGACAAGCUGAAAGGAGAGAUGAUGGACCUGCAGCACGGCAGCCUUUUCCUCAAAACCCCCAAAAUAGUUGCAGACAAAGACUACUCAGUUACAGCAAACUCUCGCAUUGUUGUAGUCACAGCCGGAGUCCGUCAGCAGGAGGGGGAAAGCAGGUUGAACCUUGUGCAGAGAAACGUCAACAUAUUCAAGCACAUCAUACCCCAGAUUGUACGAUACAGCCCUGACUGUAUCAUCAUUGUUGUUUCCAACCCGGUUGAUGUUCUGACCUACGUGACAUGGAAACUGAGCGGCCUUCCCAAGCACCGCGUUAUUGGCAGCGGUACCAACUUAGACUCGGCCCGCUUCCGCUUCCUGAUGGCAGACAAACUUGGGAUCCACUCCAGUAGCUUCAAUGGGUGGAUCCUGGGGGAACACGGAGACACAAGCGUGCCUGUAUGGAGCGGAACAAAUGUGGCAGGAGUCAACCUGCAGACGUUAAACCCCAACAUUGGCACAGACUUUGAUGAAGAGAACUGGAAAGAAACUCACAAGAUGGUGGUGGACAGCGCGUACGAGGUGAUCAAACUGAAGGGUUACACCAACUGGGCCAUCGGUCUGAGUGUGGCCGACUUAACCGAGAGCCUCAUGAGGAACAUGAACAGAAUUCAUCCUGUCUCCACCAUGGUGAAGGGCAUGUACGAGAUCAGUGACGAAGUGUACCUGAGUCUACCCUGCGUGUUAAACAAUGGAGGCGUGGCCAGUGUAGUCAACAUGACCCUGACAGAUGAAGAGGUGGCCCAACUGCAGGCCAGUGCCAACACUCUGUGGGACAUCCAGAGGGACCUGCGGGACAUCUAACCAACCAUAAGGGGGCGAUGCAGAAAUAUCUUCUCUUCACUCUGCGGUCACUCAAAACCAUUUAGCUCCACUUUCUGCACCUCACUCACUGCUUUCUAUAGAUUUGUAUCAAACUUAGCCAUAGGUGUCAGUUUGAACAAUUAUAUUUGUUGAAAUGGAGAUUGAAGGUGGAGAUAAAAACAGAGCAAAAGGUUUUGAUGCACAUGCUCAAACACUCCUUCACGCUGUGGUGAAAUGAGAAGUGUUGCUUUGAUGCAAAAUAAACGAGGUUUGCUGGUGA